GUAAUCGCCUAAAGAGAAGGAAGUCUGAGGGGAAAAGUGCUGUUUGCUUGCCUGCCUUCAUCUCCUGUUGGGGAAAGUCCUGGUCUCUAUGACUGCUGUCCUUCUCCACUGACACCAGGGUCCAGCGUCUCCAGCAUCCCACGUGGACUGGAGACCAGUAGCUCUGCAGGACGCUCCAGGCACCAGAUUGGGACCUGGACUGGACUGUGCCGACCCACCCAGCACAUUCUGAGGCUAGCAGGAGAUGGAGAAAGCAGGGGGAAGAGGAUCUGUUUCCCAGGCCACCAUGGAGAAUGGCAUCGAGAACUCAGGGCUGGAACUCAUGGAAAGAGGAAAUCCUGAGCAAAGCAAAAAGACUGAAGUGACGGAGGAACACAGCCAGAAGGAUGGCCCGGGGAGGAAGCUGCAGCCUUUCACCAAGGCGAGACAUUUCUUUAAGAGACAUGCUGCAUUAUCCAAGAAGAUCCUGCUCGGUCUCUUGUGUUUAGCUUAUGCCGCCUACUUCCUGGCGGCUUGCAUCCUGAACUUCCAGAGGGCACUGGCAUUAUUCAUCCUCACCUGCCUUGUCAUCUUCGUCCUGGCUUGCCACUUUCUGAAGAAAAGCUUUGGUGAAAAAUUAAUGAGCUGUCUGAAGCCCUUGCAAAACAGCCGCCUGAAGCUUUGGGUGAAGUGGGUGUUCAUAGGAGCCUCUGUGGUCGGCCUUAUCCUGUGGCUGGCUCUCGACACGGCUCACAGGCCGGAGCAGCUGAUCUCCUUUGCAGGAAUCUGUAUGUUCAUCCUCAUCCUCUUUGUCUGCUCCAAACACCCCAGCGCGGUAUGCUGGAGGACGGUGUUUUGGGGCCUGGGCCUUCAGUUCAUCUUUGGGAUUUUGGUCAUCAGAACUGAACCCGGAUUUAAUGCAUUUCAGUGGCUGGGAGAUCAGAUCCAGAUUUUCCUGGCUUAUACUGUGGAAGGCUCCAGUUUUGUUUUCGGUGAUGCCCUGGUCCAAAACGUUUUUGCUUUUCAGUCUUUGCCAAUCAUUAUUUUCUUUGGAUGCGUGAUGUCUAUUCUUUACUACCUGGGCCUCGUGCAAUGGGUGGUUCAGAAGAUUGCCUGGUUUCUGCAAGUCACCAUGGGCACCACUGCUGCCGAGACCCUGGCUGUGGCAGGAAACAUCUUUGUGGGAAUGACGGAGGCACCUCUGCUCAUCCGUCCCUACCUUGCAGACAUGACCCUCUCUGAAAUCCAUGCAGUGAUGACCGGAGGCUUUGCUACCAUAGCAGGCACUGUCCUGGGAGCCUUCAUAUCCUUCGGGAUUGAUGCUUCCUCCUUGAUUUCUGCCUCAGUGAUGGCUGCCCCUUGUGCGCUUGCCUUGUCCAAACUGGUAUAUCCAGAAGUGGAAGAGUCCAAGUUCAAGAGCAAGGAGGGAGUGAAGCUGCCCCGUGGGGAAGAGAGGAACAUCCUGGAAGCUGCGAGCAAUGGAGCCACAGACGCCAUAGGCCUUGUUGCUAACGUUGCAGCCAAUCUGAUUGCCUUUUUGGCUGUGUUGGCCUUCAUCAAUGCAACUCUUUCCUGGCUGGGUGAAAUGGUGGAUAUACAUGGACUCAGUUUCCAGGUCAUCUGCUCCUAUGUCCUUCGGCCUAUGGUUUUCAUGAUGGGUGUGGACUGGGCAGACUGCCCACUGGUGGCUGAGGUAGUGGGAGUCAAGUUCUUCAUAAAUGAAUUUGUGGCCUAUCAACAACUGUCUCAGUAUAAGAACAAGCGUCUCUCUGGGGUAGAAGAGUGGAUCAACGGCGAGAAACAGUGGAUUUCUGUGAAAGCUGAAAUUAUUGCAACAUUUUCGCUCUGUGGAUUCGCCAAUCUUAGUUCCAUAGGAAUCACCCUGGGAGGCCUGACAUCGAUGGUGCCCCAGCGGAAGAGUGACUUGUGCAAGAUUGUGGUCAGAGCCCUCUUCACCGGAGCUUGUGUUUCCUUUAUCAGUGCCUGCAUGGCAGGAAUCCUCUAUGUCCCCAGGGGAGCUGAAGCUGACUGUGUCUCAUUCCUAAGCACGAGUUUCACCAACAGAACCUACGAGGCCUACGUGUGCUGCACAGAGCUUUUCCAGAGUACGCGGCUGAACGGCACCAAUACGCCUUCUUUCUCGGGUCCCUGGGAAGACAAGGAGUUCAGUGCCAUGAGUCUCGCUAAGUGCUGCGACCUCUAUAGCAACCCUGUCUGUGUAUGAGCCAGGGGAGGGACAUUUCUAUGGCAGUUCUUGUAGAACGGGUUUGUGUUCCAGACACAUACUUAUGCUUCGAAUUCUACUAGGCCCACACUAAAAUCCACAAAAUCAAAGUUCUGGGCUCCCUGUGGCCCUGUAUAAAAAUCAGCACCCACUUUUCCACUGGAGUGCCACAUACCAGAAAGAAAUCGCCUCAUAAGCCAAGCUCCACUCCCCCCACUCCCCGACAAAUUAUGGUAGGAAUGCAGCUAAGGGGGAAAUAUUGUAAAUGUGGUAAGAGCCAAGAUCCAAGUUCAAUCCCUGGCUCGGCCUGGAGUGGGGGCAGUGAGGGAAUCACAUAGAUGCUUAGAUUUAAAUCUGGAAUGGUGGUACACCCACAUAACCUCGUAACUAAGUCCACAGCUAAGGAGGACUGCCUCAGCCUGGGUUACAGAGUGAGGAGACAGUUUCAAAACCACCAAAACCCAAAAGCGUUUCAUAAAAGUGCUAUAGUCUAUGAUGUGUCCUUGGGCAGAGAUGGAGGUGCAAAGCUAUGUUUCUAAAAUUCUAUGUGAAGUGCCUAUGAAUGCUAAUGAUAACUUUUCUGUGUUGUCAGAUAUUUGUAAACUUGAAAACUCCUUAGUAUCUUCAUACAGCAGCAAAAAUGGUCCCUGUACAUAAAAUGUUUUUUAAAAUAAAGGAUUUAUUUUAUUUUUAAAUUAUA